AUGGCUCCCCUCGUCCCCGUCUUCUCUGCCGAAAAGCUUCCGGAACAUGUGAACAUUGUGACCAAGAACUUCCAGGAAAAGCGCCGCAAGGGCGGUGCGGUGGAGCUCGAAAAAUGCAAGCUUUUGGAAAUGGUACAAUAUUCAUGCAACCCUCCUCAAGACGGGGUCCCCAAACCGGGGGUUGUGGUCUGCAAACCGGUGGUACGACUGUUCAGGCGAUGCGCAGGAGGAUUAACUGUCGAGACAACUUCAUGGGAACCUAUUCGGCAAGCGGAAGAAGAUGCAAAGCGAAAAGGCGAGGCCUAG